CUACAGCUUAUGAUAUGGGGAGGGAACCAGGAAAUUGGAUCGAUGCAAAUAACUUCUGAAAGGCCAGGGAGAUACAAAACCAAGUUGCUGUCUGCUACAACUUCAGAAGUCUUGACAGUGUCUCGGUUGUGAAGAUGAAGCUGCUGCUGCACUCGGCUUUCCUCUCCCUCACAGUAACACUUGCAUUGUGUGGCAUCAAAGGUUUGCAAGAGCAUUUCGAACAACUCAGCGUUCAGUCUAUCAAUCCUCGUGGGCUCCACAACAAUGGGACUCUUAGCGUGGCCAAUCUCUCGCCUGAGUUUCACCAGGAGAAUACGGUGACCAAUGACUUGAGUACUGAAGGUGAUGAAGAGGAAGACUAUCUUGACUUUGAAACUUUGUUCAGGGAAGAUUACGACGAUGUUGACAUCAUCGAUCCAGAUAUUACCUCCGAGUUCAAACAAGGGAAUAUUCUUAAACUUUUCCAAGGGAAAACCAGAAUCCAGCGCCUAAAUAUCCUCAAUGCAAACUUUGCCUUCAACCUUUACCGGAGUCUGAAGGAGAAAGCCAACACCUCAGAGAACAUCCUUUUGGCUCCAGUUGGAAUUUCCACGGCCAUGGCUAUGAUUUCAUUGGGACUGAAAGGUCAGACGCAGGAGGAAGUGUGGGAUUCCCUUGGCUUCACCGACUUUGUCAAUGCCAGCUCCAAAUAUGACAUUACGACCAUUCACAGCCUCUUCCAGAAACUCACCCACCGGCUCUUCAGGAGGAAUUUCGGCUACACACUCAGGUCAGUCAAUGACCUUUAUAUUCAGAAACAAUUCUCUGUCCUCAGUGAAUUCAAAAGCAGCAUGAAGAGGCACUACUUUGCUGAGGCUCAACUGGCCGACUUCUCAGAUCCCACCUUCAUCUCGAAAGCCAACCAGCGUAUUUUGAAGCUCACCAAGGGGUUGAUAAAGGAAGCGCUGGUGAACGUACCCCCAACCACCAUCAUGAUGGUCCUCAACUGCUUGUACUUUAAAGGAACCUGGGAAAAUAAGUUUCCCGUGGAAAUGACGCGCAAACACACAUUCCGCUUGAACGAGAAAGAGACUGUGAAAGUUUCCAUGAUGCAGACAAAGGCCAAUUUCCUGGCCACUGUAGAUCAUGAGCUAGAUUGCGGGGUGCUCCAGCUGCCAUACGUGGGCAACAUCAGCAUGUUGAUUGUACUGCCGUAUAAGCCGUCGAGCAUGAGGACACUAGAGAAGCAACUGACUCCUCAGCUAGUAGAGAAGUGGCAGGAGAGCAUGACCAACAGAACGAGAGAAAUAAUGCUACCUAAAUUUAAGCUGGAGAAGAGCUAUGACUUGAUUGAGUAUCUGAAAAAACUGGGAGUAAAUGAGCUGUUCACCCAUAAUGGCAACUAUUCUGGGAUAUCGGAAGAGAGAAUCAACAUUGAGAAGUUCAAUCAUCAGGGAACUAUUACAGUGAAUGAAGAAGGCACCGAGGCGGCAUCUGUGACCACAGUAGCCUUCAUGCCCCUUUCAGCUCAAAUUCGCUUCAUUGUUGACCGUCCUUUUAUCUUUCUCAUCUAUGAGCACCGCACCAACUGCUUGCUUUUCAUGGGCCGAGUCGUCAACCCAAACAAGUUGUAAAAGAAGAGACGAGCUUUCGAGAUAGGUACAUCUAGGCAACCUUAAUGCGUCUUAAAUAGAACCAUUUUUAUAUGCCAAUUAAGUGUCUGUGUUAGUCGUAAGCGCUAUCGUGUGAAAAAUGCAAGGCUACCUAAUCAGAACCACAGCGAUAUAUUAUUUAAUUACAAUUUGUAAGGGGAAAUAUUGCUGCAAAGUACUAAAAACGCCCUGUUCUAUUUCAUCCAAAGCUACCUGGAGGUCAGAGGCAUUCUCUUUGCAUCUUGGAGAACAUUUUCAUGCUGCCUGAAGGGUGAAUAAAUAUUAGCUCCGGUGAGCUUCAAAAAGUCAGAUUAUUAACAGCAGCAGCUUUUCAGUUACUAAAAAUGGAUGCUGUCUAUGUUCUUCCCAGUUGGCCAAAGAGAUUUUAAACUUUAAUUAUAAAAGAACCAUUAAUGUUUGACAAGAGCAAUACAAAAUACUCAUCGGGAAUAUUGAACUGAGUUUCAUUUAAAACUUGGUGAAACAGAAGGAUGCUACAAGAAUUCUUUGUGGGUGAGGAGAGAGAAUGUGCAAAGAUCUAGGGGAAAAUAUGAUUCCUCAUCAGCUUGACUGAAGAAAAUGCAGAGAGUGGAAGUUGUCCAUAUACCAUCGGGAAGGUUUAACAGCAUAAAAGAGAAGAAAAGGCUUACCCUUAUUGGGGAACCUCUGUCCAUAUCUUGCUGAACUACAACUCCCAUAAACCCUGGCAAUUGACCACGCUUACUGAGGCUGAUGGGAGUUGUGGUUCAGCAGCUUUUGGAGGGCCAAAGGUUUCCCACGCCUCCCCUAAGUUCUCAAACAGAGAAGGAACUGCUGCUCAAAACGCUUUUGAAGUGGCUAUGGCAGGGAUUUAACAUGGGAGCUUCUGCAUGCCAUGCAGGUAUUCUACUACCAAUACUCCUCUCCUAUUAAAGUCAGUUUAGGGCUGAACAGAAAGAGCAUGAACUCAGCUGCAUUAUUUGUGGAAUCCAUAUAGGGCAAACAGUAUCGCUUUGCAAGAACACGAACACUUACUUUCACUCUGUAACUACACUACCUGUCGAAAGCAAGAACAAAUCUGCACUUUGAACAGCAUAGUUGUUGUACUGACAUUUAUGCAACCCAGAGAGGUACUACCUAAAGUACAAGCAAUCAUGUACACAUGCAGAGAUUGUUCCUAUAUUGUUUUUUAAAGAGGUGUAUACCUGGAGUUAUGAGAAUGCUUGAUACAAAAAAGUUUCCAUUAUCUCUGGGAGUAUCAACAUAAUUAUAAAGUUAUUGCAUAUUUAAUAAAAGGUUGUGCUGGAAUCUUGAAUUUGGAUGCUGCAUGCAGUUUUCUUUGCUGCCAGUGUAAGGUGACUUUUGUAUAAGAAAAUUCUAUCCUACAUCUGCAGCCACUAAAACCACAUUCUAAAGGGCUCAGUUUGGGGCAGCAAUUUGGGGAGGUACCAGCAAGAAAGAGGAUGGAUGGAGGAAACAGGGCUGAAAGCCUUAUAAGCAAGUACAGUCAUACCUCGGAAGUCGAACACCUUGUGACUCACGUUUUGGCUCCCGAACGCCGCAAACCCAGAAAUGAGUGUUCUGGUUUGCAAACGUUCUUUGGAACCCGAAUGUCCAACGUGGCUUCCAUGGCUUCUGAUUGGCUGCAGGAGCUUCCUGCAUCCAAUCAGAAGCCGCGCCUUGGUUUCUGAACAUUUUGGAAGUCGAACGGAUUUCUGAAACGGAUUCCGUUUGACUUCCGAGGUACGACUCAUUUAAAAAAAGAUUUCACUGUAAUCCGAGAAAAUAUUUUAUAAAAACAAUUUUAAAAAAGCAUUUCAUACAUGAAACUUCUGUAUUGAAGUAAUUUCUAUAUUUGAGGGUGGGGGAGAAUGUGUACCAAACUGCACACAAAGAUCUGUGUAAAGAAGUUUCUAUUUUGUUGCAUGUGCUCAUCAGCUCCCAAACACAUUCCCGCAUCAAGAGAUGAGUUCAUAUGUUCUUCAGAAGAAGACUACAUGCUUCCCCAUCCCCUUUUGCAUAAAUCAUCUCCCUGUUGGAAAAGCAAGAAGACCUGCAACAAAAUGGUGUGGCACAGAGCGCUUGAAUUCUGUGUUCCAGGCCACAAGCCAUGCCAUCUUUUAGGGCACUCUAUUCCAAUCUCCUAUGGUUCACUGACUGCUCCAGACACACUGGAUUUUGUGGCCACUCUGUCAUCACUGAGCUGCUUUGGGUCCGUCCCCCACACCUCUGAAAAUCUCGCAUUCCUCCCAAGAAUGCGGAUACCAUCCUGUCUUAUUUCCCACUGGCCCUACCAAUUAUACCUCAGUGCCUGAGCUGGGUUUUAGCAUGUAUCAAGAAUGGGGAAGCUUUGGUCCUCCAGAUGUUAUGGCCAAGGAGGAAAUAAGUUGUGGUUCAGCAACAUCUGGAGGGCCACAGGUUCCCCAUGCCAGGAAUAUAAGAUGCUUGCAUGUCAAGUGGCCAUUUUGAAGAGCACUCCCCGCCCCCUUUCCGGAAACAGAUCAAUUCCUGGCUAGCAACCUUUUUUAAAAAAAGGCUAAGCAUAAAAGCACUUGCAAUAGGAGCUGGGAACUCUUGAUCACCACAAAUUGUGCAAGAAAACUAAAUAUUUGGUUUACAGGCCCUCAAUGUAACCAUUAACUUCUGUUAGGGCUCAUAACAGUAUUUACAGAGAGCUUAAUGGUUGAAAAAAUGCAGAUUAGGGGGUCUCAGAUCAAACACCAUAAUGGCCUUGAAGUAUAUAUUUUGAAGUCUUUAGUGUAAACAACUUUUUUUUCUGAGGAGGAAUUGGUCUUGGCUUGUAGAUGGAGAAAUUACUGCUUUUCAGAAUUCUCGCUGUCUAUAAACCAGCCUGAAUAAAAAGUUCUCUCUUUCUCAUACCAGGAACAAAUACAGAGCUACGUCGGGCUUUUAUUUUUACACAACUGCAUGCCUCUUCUUUUGUAGAAAAAAGGCUUGCAUCCAGUAUUUGUCUCAGCACACAGAAUAC